CGUGACAUCAAAAAUGGUGGCCGAUUUCGGUUGAUGACUAAUUUUGGGCGAGAAAACCGUUAAUUUUACACCCUUACACUCAAUGAAUUGCCUUAUCUGAGGUAUACUGAUUGUGAUCGUGUCAAGGAGAAAUAUACACAGGCUAUCCGUCCAGCCAAACUGCCCGUACAAAGAGAUGGAAUCGCUACAAAUUUUGAUCUCUCUUCUGAUUUGUUCAACAAUCGUACAGUGUCAGCGGGACAUGCAAUAUGACAGCAUCCUGACAAUGUACAAUCCAGAGACUGACGAUUAUAAACCUCGCAAUGUGAUCAAUCUGGCAACAACAUCGGGACCGAUCUAUGGCUUCACGGUGCCGACGUCCCAGAACGGGAUUAGUGUGAAUUGUUAUCUUGGUGUGCCAUAUGCUGUGCCCCCUGUUGGGUACAGACGCUUCAGGCCCCCUCAGCGAGUGCGGUGGUCUCUGCCGUGGAAAGCCUACAAGUAUCCGCCCGUCUGCCCACAAGACAUGAAGAAAAUCAAAAAGAAAGUCAACGGUACCGUCCAGAUGAGCGAGGACUGUCUUUAUUUGAACAUAUUUCAACCAAAUAUCUCCAUCCCCGAAUACCCGUACUUCCCCGUCCAUGAGCGCUAUCCCAUUAUGUUCUAUUUCCACGGCGGUGAAUUCAACUGGGGCGCCGGACAAUUGUUCCCAGGCCACUUACUCGUCUCGAGAAAAGUCAUUGUGGUGACAGUGAACUAUAGACUCGGACCACUUGGUUUCCUCUCAAUGCAAGAUCAAAACGCGCUCGGAAACUUUGGCCUCCUCGACCAGAUGACGGCCAUGGAGUUCAUCCAAGAUAUGACACGCGAGCUGCGGGCAGACCCAGAUAAGAUAACAAUCAUGGGGGACGAGGCUGGUGCAGCCAGUGUUGGGCUGCAUAUGAUUUCUCCUUUGUCCAGGGGCCGAGAUCUCUUCCACACAGCCAUAAUGAUGGACGGCUCGGACCUCUGCGAGUUCGCCUACAUGGACAAGGAGCUCCGGCCACGUUUCAACGGGGAGGAGCUCGCAAGGAAGCUGCACUGCUUCCAUAACGACUCCUACUACCUGUUGGAUUGUCUUCGAAGGAGAAGCGUGGAUAAUAUCAUCACCAUGGGGCUGGAAGUGAAAGUCCCGCCUGGACGAGUUGGUUACGCGUUCACGCCAACUUGGGACGGUGCCUAUGGCUUCCUGCCAGACACGCCAGCCAAGGCCAGGAGUUUGGGACGAUUUGAUCAUAUACCUCUGAUAGCUGGGAUUACGAAGUAUGCAGGGGCUGAGAGAGCAGCGGCAGUAAGUGGGAAUCCGCCGGGAAAUCAACUAACGAAGGCGAACUUCAUACUUUCCAUAAACCAGCUGAUAGCAGAAUGGCGAGUGAAGAAUGUGGAUGAGGUCGCUGGCUUGCUCGAAUUCAAAUAUACGUUUUGGCCAAAACCUGACAACGAUACAGCUCGGAAAGAAAAUUUCACUGAUCUUCUGACUGACAAGUAUUAUGGUACUUGCGUUGAUGAGGUCAUUAAGGCGCAGAGACGGUACACAACCGACGUCUACCAGUUCGUGUUUGAUUAUGUCUCGCCCAACAGUACGAAUCCACAGUGGAUGGGUGCGUUCGCGGGACAGCAGUUACAGUACCUGUACGGUGCACCCCACUUUGACGAUCCAAUGUGGGAACUGGCAAUGUUGCCGAAGCCUCAGUCAUAUGGACGGAUUGACAAGAAUAUUAGCGACUUUUUAACAUCGAUGUGGACUAAUUUUACAAAGUACAGAACCCCGACGCCCGAUCCGGUAAACGAAACGUUUUGGUACACGUUCAACUUUGACAACUUGACUUACGUCAACAUUGGCAUCAACAUCACGAACCACACCAUGUACCGGCAACAGUAUUAUGGAUUCUGGAGGGCGUACUAUCCGGAGUUUGCAGAACGAUAUUACGACUGGUUAACACCAUACCCAACAAUGAAACAAGAGGAAUACUACAUCUCGAUCUGGGUGAUGGGCGCGGUCGUCAUCUUCCUGAUUUUCCUCCUCACCAUCCUCGCCUGUUGCUAUCGGCGACAGGAUAAACAACUGAAGAAGGAGCGAUAUCUUUACUCAGAUGACGAACCAUAUCGACUAGGACCGGACGAAUACCAGAUGGAUAAGCACACGGAAACAUCGCGGUCACGUGGUUCCAUGAAUGGUUUUCUUGAGUCCGAAGCAUGAUCCCGUCCAACGUGCGAUGCUGUGGAGGAAUGUAUUUUGUUGGGGGUCAUUCAUUGAGCUUUGAGACACACACACCCUAUGAACCUCCCCUGCCACACCUUCCCCCAAAGUAAUGACAAACUGAUCCCAUCAGAAAGAGCUACAGUCAGAUUCAUUUGACGAUUUGUAAUUUAGAUUGGCCCCUCCCUGAGCCUUUCAAAUGUUUGCCAAGGAUGGCUGUUUGUGUAACAGUGGAAAAACACCAAGGUCCAGCGGAUGUUUGAACCCCAGACCUUAGGUUUACGAGGCCAUCAGUCAACCGACUGAGCUGAUAGGUAACUCCCUUGAGCCUGGACUUAUGAAUAUGAUCCCCAAACAUUUGGUGUAACAUCAGGGGUAUUUUACAAUAUGAUUGACAGGUGUCUCAAUGAAUGACCCUCGGGUUUGUAGUAUGUAGAUGAAUAGAGAUUACUUAUUUGGCGGUGGAAGGUUCCUUCAUUUUCACUUAACUAUCAUGGUGCUGUAGACAUGUAUAUAUAAGCAUGGCUUUUAACCCUUUGACACCCAGGAGUGUGCCAUAAAAUACUACCAUCAGAUGCCCAGCGGCCUACCCGAUAUGCCGUGAAGAAAAAAACAGUUUUUCAACCAGAAGUGCUCGAUCUGCCUCCUCCAGUCGCUGUCCAUAACUGAAUGAGGCAGUGAGGUAUCCAAACACAUUGAGCAGCUGAUCAAAGUGGCCAGGGGAGCAGAUUGAGGGAUGUCAAAAACUGACCUUGGCAUCUGGGAGUAGUUAUGGGUCGAAUGUCGUCCUGAUGGAAGUGAAUUGCGCACUAUAUUCAGUAGUUUGAAGUCGUAAUUGCUUUGGCAUUCAUUGUUCAUGGCUUUGUAGGAUAGUGUACACUUUAGGUGCAGGUUGCUUGGUAUUCAGCUUUUGUAUUCAAACAUGGAUUUUGUAUUAUUGUACAGUGUAAAUACUUCUAUCAAAAAUAAAAAGCGACCCUUAUAUAUUUUUGCUUCUAUGUAUAAUUAUCUUGCAUAUUUUUUAUAGGCGUAAAAAGUAAAGUUAGAAACUUGAGGAAUUUUUACUCUCUGCUGGUCCUGUCAGCACAUUCCAUUGAUUUCUUAAAGACUGUGUCGUUGUUUCAAAAUUUGAAGUUGAAGUUGUAUCUUAGCCUUAGAUCACUAACAACGACUUCAUUUGUUUUAUCAAGCAAACACUACAUGUAGGACCAACUUGGUUCAUUUCUGACUCCUCAAAUCCAAUUAUUUUAGACUUGUAGAGCCUUACAUUCCAAUAUUGGUUUUGACCUCCAUAAAGUUAUUUAAUAAGAUUCUCAUUAGAAGCAGAAUCUGAACACAUAUACUAUGUGAUAACUGUGUACCAUUUCAGUUUCAUGGAGCUUUACUUUGAUGAAUGUUCUAGUAAUGAUAGUGAAUAUCAUAUUUUAAAAUCAUUCCAAAACCACCAUGCCAUCCACAGCUCUUUGUACAAGUUUAUGAUGCAUAUUCACAGUAUAUCAUGAGUACUCGCUGUAUCUGUUUAUGAUGCAUAUUCACAGUAUAUCAUGAGUACUCACUGUAUCUGUUUAUGAUGCAUAUUCACUGUAUAUCAUGAGUACUCGCUGUAUCUGUUUAUGAUGCAUAUUCACAGUAUAUCAUGAGUACACGCUGUAUCUGUUUAUGAUGAAUAUUCACUGUAUAUCAUGAGUACUCACUGUAUAUCAUGAGUAUUCACUGUAUAUCAUGAGUGCUCGCUGUAUAUCAUGAGUACUCGCUGUAUAUCAUGAGUACUCGCUGUAUAUCAUGAAUAUUCACUGUGUAUCUUGAGUAUUCACUGUAGCUGCAUAUCGUGUUCACUGUAUAUAUCCAUUUUGUACAUUCCAUGUGUCAUUGUGAAUUCUUUAUGAAAGAACAUAUCAGGCAAAUAUAUUUACACAUUUUGUA